GACCAUAGAGCAGAAGAGCUUAGUUAGACCAUGGACCGUACCAAAAUUUUGAUGGGAUAGGUAGGAAAGUCCCGGAUGUGGUGGGCGCCAUUUUGAAAGUUUCUUGAGCGAUUUCUUCAGAUUUGAGGGUGGAUUCCCUGCGACACAAUGCGUCUCAAAAGAUUUCUGCUUCGCUAUUACCCUCCAGGUAUCAUCCUGGAGUAUGAACAAGGUGGCCAGACCAAGACCAAGUCAGUGGACCUGUUGGACCUGAAGCCAGAAACCGAUGUUGAUGCAGUAUUAGAUGAGAUUUCACGCAAGGAACCACUCAUCACCCCAUCUCGUAUGGAUCAAGUCAGAACACUCAUCAAAAAACUCCAGCAGAAGCUUGCUGCCACUGAUGACCAUGCUUUCUACCUGUUCAAGGUGCUCCGGGCUCACAUUCUUCCACUCACCAAUGUUGCCUUCAACAAGUCUGGAUCAAUGUUUAUCACAGGAAGCUAUGACAGAACCUGUAAGGUUUGGGACACAGCUUCAGGAGAAGAACUGCACACUCUGGAGGGACACAGAAAUGUGGUUUAUGCCAUAGCUUUUAACAAUCCAUAUGGCGAUAAGAUUGCUACUGGAUCAUUCGACAAGACUUGUAAACUGUGGAGCUCCGAGACUGGCAAAUGUUACCAUACCUUCAGGGGCCAUACUGCUGAAAUUGUGUGUACAGCAUUCAAUCCUCAGAGCACCAUAGUGGCUACUGGCAGUAUGGACACCACAGCAAAGAUAUGGGAUGUGCAAACAGGACAAGAGAUCUCCACACUCAUGGGUCAUUCAGCAGAAAUUAUUUCCUUGUCCUUCAACACAAAAGGAGACCAAGUCAUCACUGGCUCUUUUGACCACACAGUGACAUGCUGGGACGUCAGGUCAGGCAGUCGAAUCCACACUCUGAUUGGCCACCGUGGUGAGAUCAGUAGUGCUCAGUUCAACUGGGACUGUUCCCUGAUAGCAACAGGCUCUAUGGACAACACCUGCAAGAUCUGGGAUGCCAGGACAGGGCAGUGCAUAGGCACACUGCGAGGCCAUGAAGAUGAAGUGUUGGAUGUUGCCUUUGACUACACAGGACAGCUGUUAGCUACUGCAUCAGCAGACAGCACAGGUCGUGUGUACAAUGCUGUGACUCACCAGUGUCUGAUGAAGUUAGAAGGACAUGAGGGGGAAAUCUCCAAGGUGUGCUUUAACCCCCAAGGCAACAAGAUUUUGACUGCCAGUGCAGACAAGUCUGCUCGGCUGUGGGACCCCCAGACUGGCAAAUGUCAACAGAUUCUGGCAGGGCACUCUGAUGAGAUCUUCAGCUGUGCCUUUAACUAUGAGGGCAAUACAAUCAUCACAGGAAGUAAAGACAACACCUGUAGGAUAUGGCGGUGAUACCGGGCAUGAAGCAUGAGAGUGGGGAGAGGAGCUGGCAGACCAGACGGUUUAUGUGUCAAAGGUACAACCCUGUCAUAGACAUACACUAAUGCCAUGUUGUUAUCAUGCAAUCCUAAUGCAAUGGACACAACAGUCAGACAUAUACUUUAGACUCUACAAACAUUGCACAGUCAAUAAGAUUUAAAGUGGAAAAUAUACUGGAGAAUACUAGGUGUAUCAUUCAAAAUGAAUCCUUCGUAUGACUGUUGUAAACCCGUCAUGAACAGGUACAAGAUUUAUACAGUUUUCCUAGCUUUCAAAGUAGAUGCUACUCUGGUAUCAAAAUUCCCUACAGUGGUCUGAAAAUAAAUUACAACUGUCCCAAAAUUAGCUUGAAUUCUCCAAGGCCUUCUAAAAAGAAUUUGGUACUAUGAAUUGCAUUGACAUUUACUUACAGAUCAAAGAGUAUGUUUAACAAGUUUAUCUUUGUAACAUAUCAUUAAACAGAACUUUGAAGGAAAAAUUGAUAGAAGUUAUUACUGAUAGUUUUUCUGGCCAAUGUUACCUUUAGAAAACACUUGGUUAACAAGUUUUGGCCUCGUAUUGACCAGACACACUUCAAAUGUGCCUUCAGUUUUCAAAUGUCCCAAGAUUUUCCCUUAAAGCACACAUCGAGUUGUCCCAAGCCAAAUUUUGAUGGACUCUUGUUAAUUUUGAAUCCAGUGCUACUCUGGCUGGUUUUUGCUGGUGAUAUACUCAUUGCCUAGCUUGUUUCUAUGUACUCACAUGUCCUACUGUGGCUGGUCCUGGAGUCUGGGAAAGCUGAUAAAAGAAUGUGGCAUUCAUUAUUCCUGCGAACAACAGUUUUUUUUUAAAUACUACAAUACUACCUUCCUCAAACUACAAGUACUAUACAUGUUUAGGCAGGCAGGCUGGUAGCAUUAGAGGAUGUUGAUAUUUUGUUAUUUUCCUUCAUGAUCACAAUGAUGUUUAUCCAAGUCUCAUCAAGAAUGUACUUAGCGUUAACAUGAAUGUACAUGUACUAGGGGCUGCAUUGAAAGAUCUCUCAAAAUCAAUAGUUUUGAAAGUAAUGAGUACAGAUAAGUGACAUUCAGAUGUUUGAUGGGUGUGACAGCUGCUAUAUGGUACAGGCAAAAUUGUGGAUAUGAUUACACAGAAUGAUGUAGUUAUAACAAUCUGUUGUAGUUUUUCUCCCAUUUGAUGUAAGUAGAGCAUUAUGGUAGUUUAGAGAAGGUUGUGACUAGUGGUACACAUUACUGUUAACCAUAUAUUUUUGUUUCUCAUUCUUGCACUACAUUGUGUAUAGCUUGAUGCAGUCAUGUAGCAGUAUGGUUUUAGGCUUGUACAAUUUACUGUUUUUGAUGAAUUCUGAGAACAUUUUGUAAUUAAAAGUAAUUUUCUGCUUGAAAACAUUUUU